AUGAAGAACAACGUAGAAUGUGCCUCUGGUGCAUCUAGUUAUCAAACAAGUGGAAAGCCCUCCACCCCAUCCAAACAACCGUAUGCUUCUGUUAUGUCAACAGGGGCAAAAAGAUCGAAAACAGUGAAUGAAUCGGAGGCCAGUUCCUCCAGUCUGAAAAGUUCAAACAAGAAGGACUCUGAAUUAGUCGAUUCAAGGUUAAGUCAAGGUCCAUGCGUACUUGAUGCAACUCCGAUGUCCUCUCUAUCUACUCUGGCAACCGUUUUGAGAAAGCCUUCGAGAUCCAGUGUCUCAAAGGAAAAGAAGACGAAGGCGCCCCGCGUGUCUAAAUCAUUGAAGGUAACCUCUUCUAAAUCUUUGGCCAUUGUGCCUAAGUUUGAUGUUCCUAAAAUGAAACAAGAUGAAUCUAUUUUCUCUCCCUUAAGAGAAUAUGCUGAAGGGCCCGUUGUUGAGUCAGCUAGUCCAAAUGAUGAAAAUGAUGACAGGAAUGUGUCUCCUGUUAUUCAAACAAAUCAAAUAGCCGCAGGUGCUACAGAGUUAUCUCAACCAGAACAAGGUGCAGUUCUUACCCUUGUUGUUGGUAAAUCUACUGAACAAGAAUCUUUUGUUCCCGCUACUAAAGAUUCUAUGGUAGCCGGGAAGGUUACUCGUGUAGAGCUCCCUGCCGAGCUGUGUAAGAAACCCCAAUCGACGUUCGAGUUGAUGCGUUCUGUAAAAAUGUCGAGUGGAAUUGUGUUCAGUGAACUUAGACCUGCUCCAAAACCCGUAGAUGUUGUGGGAAAAGGUAAGAAGAUUGCAACUCCAGUUCCUGAAGAAGUAUCGAAGGCAACAUGCAUUGUUGACCUCAUUUUAAAUCAAGUUAAAGCCAUUGCGGAUGAAAAAUAUGAGAUUUUCGAAUCAUGGUCCCUGGAGAGAUUGUCGUCCAAGUACAAUGAUACUCUGUCAAAUUCUACGAUAACCCGAGAGUGGAAGAAGCGGGUAGCCAAUGAGAAGAAAGUUCUCAAGUGGGAUAAAACUUUAGAGGUAGCUGAGGCUCUGAAGAGAAAAGAUCUCGUUGAAGCUUGCCUAUAUGGAAGAGCCUUCUCUCCAAUUCUUGAAGCCAGAAAGGCUAAUUUCAAUCCUGUUGAGAAAGGAUCUGAGGUGGAAGUGAAAGUAUUGAAGAUGCUAAAUGACAUCAUGGAUAGCUACGUCUCAGUGGCUACCCGAUACGUUCAUGGCGCUAAUUACUCUGAGAGACGCAUUCUGGAUCAACCAAUUCAAGAGAAUCCAAAUGAAGAAGAAAAAGUAAUUAUUCAAGAGCCUAAACAAGCCCUUGAAACAAAUGAAGAAGAAGUUCUUGAAGAAGAUGUGAUUGAGGAGGCUGCUCAAGCUCCUUUUGAAGAAAAUGUUGUGAUAUCCUCUGUUGUGAGAACAGAGGAAGCCCAAGAGAAAGUGGCCGAGCCAAAAAUUAUCAGAUCUGAGGGGAAACCCUCCAAAGAUAAGGUUGUUGAAGAAGGAAGUUCCUCAUCUGAGGAGGAACAGGAUCAACAUGCAAGUUUUGUAAAGCCCCGUUUAUUCCCCGACAUCAUUGUGGGAAAUGUUCAUGAAAAUAUCAACAUUCCUCUUCAAUACUCUGGAAAUAUGUUUGAAAGAUUUCAGAGAGCUGAAGAAGAACUGUUAGAAGAGGAACAGAAUGAAGCUGCUAAGGUAGCUGAGAAGGAUCAACCGGAGCAAUCCUUGCAGAUUCAUACAAACUUUGAGCCAAUUCAAAGUAUGGCAGUAGAGUCUCAAGAGACUUCAUCAAAUGAAGAAUCCUCUGCCGAAGGAAACAAGCUGUUAAAGUCUAUGAAGUCUGUGCUCUCAUCUCUUCAGAAGAGCAUGAUAAAGGCCAUGAACACCCAGGAAGAAGAAAGAAAGGGUUUUGGCGAGAUUAUCGAGGUCCUUACUGAAUUAGAUAACACUCUGAAGAAGAACACGUAUGAGACUCACGUUUCAAAUAUAAACUUCUCCAAGUUUGAAAAGAAUCUCUUUAGCCGUCAAUCUGAAAUGAUAGACAUUGAAUGGCAAAUCAAUGAUGACCGCCAUAGGGAAACCUUGGAUGAAUUCAGUCUGAUGAAGAAUCAGAUGGUGGAAAUUCAAGGGUUUUUAAGAAGAAAUGAUAGUGAACGACAGGAAUUUGCUGACUCCAUUGCAAGGAAGUUUCAAGCAAAGGAGAACGCAAAGGCUAAUGCUGAAAGAGAUCAACCUAAAAUCAUCCAAGGCGAGUCUAGUAGAAGAAGUGACGGUGUGUUAACCGACACUAGAUCCAGACGAGCUCCAAGCAACGAUGAUAAUCCUAGGCCAACAUGGAGAGAUGGAGGUUGA